AUGACGGGGGAAGAGCAAGAGGACAUUUCUUCUGGUCCUCCGGAGUCCAGCGAGGAGCCAUGGUGGGAAGAGGUGACCCUUCUAGAAAAAAAGCCUCCAAAGUCGGAGUUCAUGUUCAGAGUCGCUCUUGUCCAGUCUCUACUCGGCUCGGCGCAGGAGCGGAGCGCAGCUCUGGGUCACCGGACCCCCGGGGAAGGAGGUGCGAGCGACUCCUGCGCUCCAGAGGAAGCGGGCGUGUGGGUACCCGGCCGCGGGGCUCUGGAGCGGGGCGCGUGUCUCGUUUUGCUGCGAACGGUGGGCGCCAGACGCGGGAAACCAUCGGUCGGAAAAGUCUCCGGAGUCGGGUCUCCGGAGUCGGGUCCUCGGGGGAAGGCGGCCGAGCAAGACGGAAAGCCUUUCAUGUCCCCACGUCGGCCCCUGGCGCAGACUCUGGGCCCUUACUGGGCCCGUAGUGGCGUCUUCCUCGACGUUGGGAGGAGUCCGGGAACCACGGACCAAGACCUCCCUGCUCCCUUCACCGGAACUCCCAGCCAGGAGGCCUUCACGGCCGAACCGGAGGUGACCAAGGCCCUGGUCCAGAAGAGGGCAGAGCAGGGCAGCUCUCAAGAGGUGGAGUUAAGCCAGUGUGGAGUGUGGGUGGGGCUGGUGGAGUCAGAAUCCAAAUGGGUGUCCCUAUUCUUCCUGCUGCCUUUUGCCCUCUACAUCCCCAGGGGCCGGAUGCCCCGCCAGGGGUGGGUCGCCCCGCUCGCUGGCUCGCGGCAGGCUUCGCGCUCCCCCCGGACCUCUCGCUUCCGGGCCGGGGAGUGUCGGUCGAGCCGGCUGAGCAGGCCCGAGGCGGCGGCGCGCGAGCCCGGGGACAGCGAAAGCGAGCGCAGCAGGGGCCGGGAGACCCCUUGCUGCCCCGCUACUGCCCUGCCUGGCGACCCUGGCCACGUCCCUUCCCCGCCUCGGAGCCCGGCUCCUCUCCGAUCGGAGGAGAGACCUUGGCCUUGGUCGAGGGUGGGCCCGGGGCGCGUUCUGAUCGCGGCCGUGUCCGUUGCCCCGCAGGUUCUCCCACCUGUCACCCUGGCCCUUCUCUGCUUGGACGGCGUCUUCCUCUCCUCAGCCGAGAAUGACUUCGUGCACCGCAUCCAGGAGGAGCUGGACCGCUUCCUGCUGCAGAAGCAGCUGUCAAAGGUCCUUCUCUUCCCCCCACUCUCCAGUCGCCUCCGGUACUUGAUUCACAGGACAGCAGAGAAUUUUGAUCUUUUGAGCAGCUUCUCUGUUGGGGAGGGCUGGAGGAGGAGGACAGUCAUCUGUCACCUGGACAUCAGGUUACCCGGUUCAGAUGGGCCCUCUGGCCCCUGCCGCCCUCCUGCUUCCCACCCUAGCAAGUACCGCGGUCCGAGGUCCACCUCAAGCCAGGGAGCGGCUUCUGGUCCCCGAGGAGCGCGGGCCGGCUGGUGGCAUCGUGGACGCAAGCCGGACCAGGCUUUGUAUGUGCCCCGGGCGCUGCGCAGGCGAGAAGAAUGGGCGCCCCUCCCGGCCCCAGGGCUUCAGGGAGGUGCUCCAGCUGGCGGGCUCCCAGAAGAGCCCGAUGAUAUCCGUGCUGGGGACCCCACCUCCGAUCAGGAACUUCCUGUGUUGGCGACGCAGGCAGCAGAGGUCCGAAAAGGCCGUAGCAAAAGUGAGAAAGAGUCACUGCCAGACCCAGUGGCCACUGAGUCCCCAGGGCCAGAGGAUCACUCAGGGACGGGAGACAGGUCGGAGUCAGCCACACGGCCGGGGCCCGGUCUGCAGCCAGACUUGGAAGACGGGAGUGGGAGUGAGCUGGAGAGGAGCCUGGCGGCAGAGAAGGAAGAGGACGAGGUGGAAGAGGAGGGGCCGGGCAGCUGCUCCGAGGAGGACGAUUACAGUGAGCUGCUGCAGGAGAUAACGGACAACCUGACCGAGAAGGAGAUUCAGGUAGAGAAGAUCCACGUGGACACAUCCUCCUUCACAGAGGAGCUGCCUGGAGAGAAGGAUUUUGCGCACGUGGUGGAGAUCUACGACUUUGAGCCGGCGCUCAAGACCGAGGACCUGCUGGCAGCCUUUUCCGAGUUCCAAGAGAAGGGGUUCAAGAUCCAGUGGGUGGACGACACGCACGCGCUCGGGGUCUUUCCCUGCCUGGCUUCAGCUGCUGAGGCCCUGACCAGGGAUUUCUCCACGCUCAAGAUCCGGCCCCUGACGCAGGGAACCAAGCAGUCCAAGCUGAAGGCCCUGCAGAGGCCAAAGCUUCUGCGCCUGGCAAAGGAGAGGCCACAGACAAACACAGCCGUGGCCCGGAGGCUGGUGGCCCGGGCCCUGGGGCUCCAACACAGAAAGAAAGAGCGGCCUGCAGUGGAGCCUCCCCCGACCCUGGGGCCCUGAGAGGCCCAGGCGGCCUGGAUCGGCGCCCCCCCCCCCCCCGACCCCGUCCUCAGCUGGGGCCCCAACACCGCAAGCCUUUACACACACCAGAGCAGCCCUGAGCCAUCCUUGGAGCGUCACUGUGGGGCAUGGGGGCUUUACCUUGGUCUAGUUCCAGAAGUUGAGAAAAAAUAAAAAUGUAAGAAUUGUUAA